UAAGUAGAUUCUCCCAGCCUUGAGCAGCCUAUUCAACGAGCAAACGGAAACGAGCAAACGCAACUGAACUAACGCGACGACGUACAAUGUCCCAGGAAAUAUCCUGGCUGCUGUCUUUCAAUUAGAAGCGCACAAAGUCAUUCAAGAUGGUGUUAGAAAGUAUCUCUAGGAUUAUCAAAAUACAACUUCCAGCCUACCUCAAGAAACUGCCUCUUCCGGAAACAAUCGGCGGCUUUGCGAGACUCACAGUUUCAGAGUGGCUGCGGCUCCUACCGUUAUUGGGGAUUUUGUCUCUGUUGGGUUAUCUGACCAUCCGACCAUUCCUGCCCAAGAAGAAAAAGCAAAGAGACAGUCUAAUAAAUCUGAAGAUCCAAAAAGAAAACCCUAAAGUGGUGAAUGAGAUCGACAUAGAGGACCUGAGGACUCCAAAUGUUUGCUACUGCCGCUGCUGGCGAUCUAAAACGUUUCCUGUUUGCGAUAAGUCACACAUAAAGCAUAACGAGCUGACAGGAGACAACGUUGGUCCACUUAUUCUUAAGAAGAAGACUCUGUAGCCCUCCUGCUUUGGCCCAUAUUAAAAAUGGGUGUUUUUCCACUGAAAAACCUACCAUAAUUUAGUUUGUUGUACUUACCCAAAACCAUUUCCAACUUCUUGUGUGGUAUGGAGUAUAAAUUCUGACUUUAAUGCUCAAGAUGUUGUGGUUGAUCGGAGAGAUUAAGUAGAUACCUUUUUGUUACAUUGCUCUGGUGUGUUUACUUUUUAUACUUAACACACGUAGUCUAUUUUUUUGUGCAAUAUAACUUGGCCAUAAAUGCCGAUUACUGUCACCAAUCAGUCUUCUUUGCCAUGAAAGUGACUCUUCUGUUCUUAAUCUCCAUCUAGAUUCAGUUAAAAUUUGUACUAUUACUAUUGUGUUGUCAUUGUUAUAAAAAUGUUGUUUUUUGAGACCGUAUAAAAAAAAAAAUCAAAUACUUUUAGCUUUUCGGUGUGAAGUACAGGAUUUGUUUUUGUAGUUUUUACCUCUGCAGAAUUAUUCCUAAAUCAACAAGAGUUCUACAAUGUUUGCUAAAUUAUUUGAAAGUUUUUAAGUGCAGGAUACUAAACUUGACUUGUGUUUGCAUACAUAGGCAUUUCACAUUGCAUUAGAUUGUAACAAAUGCUUCUGUCACAACUAUUGAUAUACAUUAUUGAAAUAUUUACAAUAUUUAUCAUAAUGUAAGAAAGGACUGUGUUUCCUUUCCACUUCCACCUGGACCAGCAUGCUGUAACAAUUACAAUGCAUAAAAUGUAUGCAUUCAAUUCUAUUCAAAAUAGUUUUGACAAUCCCUUAGUACUUUUUUUGUGCCAUGUUUCAUAUCAGAUGGCUCCUUCAUAAGUUUCAUAAAAUCACUUAAUUGUAUAUUAACUGGAAUGUGCCUAAUGACUUUUGUA